ACAAGUGUCCUUGCAGAGGAGAAUCCGCUGAGAUGCAUUAUGUGCAAUAGUCUUUAUUUUUCAAGAAAACUCAGAUAGAUUUGAGACUUUGCGAAGCGAGCACCAACUCCAUUCUUCAGGAUGUGGCUGCUGAUAUUUUUGGUGUUCUUCCUGAUUUGGGCCUGCGGAGUGUACUGGUAUCUGUUCAGGAAGCCCAGUCCGUUCACAGUGGAGUCGGUGAGGCCUGCGGGACCUUUAGAGCUGGACCAGAAGAAGAGAGACAAAGUGCUGAAACAAGGAUUUACCAAGGAGAGGAUUCCAAAGAAUCUUGAUGCAAUUAUAAUAGGCAGUGGGAUCGGAGGAAUGACGGCCGCAGCCACGAUGGCCAAAGCGGGGAAGAGAGUCCUGGUGCUGGAGCAGCACGACGUGGCCGGAGGCUGCUGUCACACUUUCACUGAGAAGGGCUUCGAGUUUGACGUAGGGCUUCACUACUUCGGUCAGCUGCAUGAAAACGGUCUGCUGAAGGUCGCUAUGGACCAAAUCACUGAGGGUCAGCUGGAGUUUGCGGAGCUGCCGCAGCAUUUUGACAGCAUUGUGAUUGACGACGACAAGAAACGGAGAGACUACGCCGUCUUGAGUGGCAAGACUGAGAUGGAGCAGAACCUGAAGAAGCUCUUUCCUGAUGAUGUCAAAGCUGUGGAGGAGUUCUUCAAGAUUAUGAAGGUCACAGCCAGGAAGAUUCAUUAUUUGGCCAUCCUAAAGCUGAUUCCACAGUUGUUUGCUUUGUUUCUGCUUAAAAGUGGCAUCGCUGACCUCUGCUCAUCCAUCUUUCGUCUCUCAGGAUCCAAUGCCACAGAGAUGAACAACAGACUGACAAGCAACAAGGACUUGCACGUGAUCUUCUCAUAUUUCUUCUAUGGUGUGCCUCCUAAAGAUUCCAGCUAUAUGAUCAAUGCUCUGAUGCUGCACCACUUCAAGCGUGGUGCAUAUUACCCUAAAGGGGGCGCCAGUGAGAUCCCAUUCCACAUCACUAAAGUCAUUCAGAAAUAUGGAGGCAGUGUGCUGGUCCGAGCUCCUGUCAGCCGGAUCCUGGUUGACAAGACGGGAGCUGCUUACGGAGUGACAGUGAAGAAAGGCGAUGAGCAUGUGGAGAUUCGGGCUCCUGUCAUCAUCUCCAACUGUGGGAUCUUCAACACCUUCCAGAAGCUCUUACCUCCAGAAAUACAUGUCAAACCAGGGAUUCAGAGUCGCCUGGAUAUGAUGAGACCUGGGAAAGCCUCGUUCCUCCUGUUCUCGGGGUUCGACGCGACGCAGGAGGAGUUAGACAUCGUGCCCAACAGCAUCUGGCUCUUCAAAUCCAACGACAUGGAUGCCAUGAUGGAUGAGUUCUUCAGUAUGAGUAAAGACGAGGCACCAGAGAACGUUCCCAUGAUUCUCAUCACCUUUCCUUCAGCUAAAGACCCCACAUCACAGAUCCGACACCCAGGCAAGUCAUGUAUGACCAUCCUGACCAUGGUGAACUAUGAAUGGUUUGAGGAGUGGAAAGACACUAGAGUGAAGAAAAGAGGAGACGAUUAUUUCAACUAUAAGAUGAGAUUUGCCAAAUGCGUCUUUGACUGGGCCUGCAAACACUUCCCAAAACUCAGAGACAAGCUGGUGUUUCAGGAGGCUGCCACUCCUCUGACAAACAUGCACUAUCUCAGCUGUAACCGAGGGGCCAUUUACUCCGCUGAUCAAAACCUGGAGCGCUUCUAUGCAGAGGCCAUGGCUCGAAACCGAUGUGACACUCCCGUCAAAAACCUGUAUUUGUCAGGUCAGGACAUCUUCAGCUGUGGUAUCGCUGGUGCAUUGCAUGGUGGUCUCCUCUGCGCCUCCACCGUCCUCAACUACCCCGUCUACAUCGACCUGCUGUUCAUCAAGAAAAAACUCAAGUGGAAGAAAGCAAAGGAGGCAGCAAAACUGGCAAAGCAGAAACAUCAGUAAUCAAGCUGUACAUACUAAUACAAAAACAGGAAAAGGUAUUUAUAACUUACUGAAAGAUCAGCCCCUAGUUGUUACUUUGGGUUAUUUGUUAUACUUACAUUUAUAAACUAUUAUCAGUUACAGGUUUUAAUAUUAUAUAUAAACCUAUAACAUUAAGUACCUAUUGUCAUAUGUGACCCAGGACCACAAAACCAGUCAUAAGGGUCAAUUUUUUGAAAAUGAGAUUUAUACAUCAUCUGAAAUGGUUUGUCAAAAUAGGAUAGAAUAUUUGGCCGAGGUACGAAAAUCUGGAAUCUGAGGGUGCAAAGAAAUCAAAAUAUUGAGAAAAUCACCUAAAGUUGUCCAAAUGAAUUUUUUAGCAAUGCAUAUUACUAAUCAAAAUUUAAGUUCUGAUAUAUUUACAGUAGGAAGUUUACAAAAUAUCUUCAUGGAACAUGAUCUUUACUUAAUAUCCUAAUGAUUUUUGGCAUAAAAGAAAAAUCGAUAAUUUUGACCCAUACAAUGUAGUUUUAGCUUUUUGCUCUCAAACAAAUACCACAAAUACCCUUGCUACUUAAGACUGGUUUUUUGGUCCAGGGUCACAUAUAAGAAGUAAAAAGCUAAAUGCACUUCAGUGUCACGACCAUUAAACUUCCAUCUCUUUCAGUCUGUAUUUCAAAACAUUUUCCCUGAAAGUUUGAGUUGGAAUAGUUUGCAAGAAUGUGUUUAUUAACACAAUAGUUAGUAGUUUGAUGUUUAAUGUCCUGAAAACUUUCCAUUUAGUCUCUUGUUAGCAACCACGUUUUCAAAACAAGUAAAAGCUUUAGAACAAUCACAAGGGGUAUUACUGAUGUAUGUCAUAGAAUAAAACAUAAAAAUAU